AUGUCAACCUAUACUUCCCCUGUCAAGACAAUGGACGACAUGAUGAAAGUGCCGUCUAUCACGCCCGAUGCAGUUGACCAAAGCGUCAAGUCUCGUUCUGAUCAAGUGUCCCAAUACACGAGUGAGCAUGUUGAGACGACAGACGGGAAUCUCUACUACGAAAACGACGAGGAAGAGCCAGAGCUCCAUGCUCGCACCUAUUUGGCGGUCUUUUCUGUCAUCGUAUUCACUAUUGCAGGUCUCCUCGCUCUACAAGGUCCCCCGGCUGUUCUUACAUAUAUCGCACAAGACCUGAACAAUACAGCUUCUCAGACAUGGAUUCAGAACGCGCUGGUGGUGCCGCAGUCUGUAUUUGCGCCGGUCGUUGCCUCCAUUGCAGAUACCUUCCAGCUGCGCAAGAGUUUGAUUGUUGGCUUCUGCCUGAUCUCUUUCGUCGGUGCUGCGAUCGCACCUGGGUCAAGCAGCAUCUAUCGACUCAUUGCAGCGCAAACUUUGGUCGGCUUCGGCUUCGUGGUUAUACCACUUGCCCAGGUCAUCCCUAGCGAAAUCUUGCCACGGAAAUGGAGGCCUAUGGCUCAGGCAUUGAUCAAUGCCGGUGGUGGUCUUGGUGCUAUCUCUGGUCCUCUGAUCAUUGGGGCUCUUACCAGAUCCAACCCGUCGGGAGGGUGGCGGACCUUUUUUUGGAUCGAAAUGGGCCUGUGGGGAGUUGCUGCCAUUGGCAUGUUCUUCGGUUACAGGCCACCAAAGAGACACACAAGAUAUGACCACUUAUCGUUCACGCAGAAGGUGAAGCGCCUUGACUUGCUCGGCUCAGCCCUCCUAACAGUGGGUUUGACGCUGUUCCUAGUCGGUGCGAACCUGGGAGACAGUCUAUACUCUUGGACACAUGUCAAGGUCUUGACGACACUGAUCAUUGGCAUAGUCUUUCUUGUGAUAUUCUCCAUCUACGAGUGGAAGGGUACCCAGACGGGUAUCCUACAUCAUGAGCUUUUCCAAAGAGGAGCAGAACACGGGCGAACCGUCGCUAUCUGCCUCGGUCUGAUGGCCGCCGAAGGCGCUCUAAUGUUCGCAUACAUUAUAUACUAUCCUAUCCUAACAUCCGCAGUUUUCGAAACAGACCCUCUUCUCAUUGUCGUCCGCUCCCUCCCCUUCUGGGGCUUCAGUUGCGCGUCAUCAAUUGGCUGGGGCUACGUCAGCACUAAGCUAAGAAUGAUACGAGAAGUACUGUUCGUUGGUUUCGUGAUCUUCACAGGAGGCAUCGUGGGCAUAGCCACCGUCCAGCCGAGUGAUUCAGUCAACCUGAUCAUCUUUGCUUCUCUUGCUGGUAUAGGGUUCGGCGCACCCGUCAUCCUCCUCAUGGCCGCAGUCCAACUGGCACCGCCGCACCACCUGAUCGCCACAGCUUCAGCAUUGAACGUCUCAGCACGGGCUAUUGGAGCCACAAUCUUCACUGCCAUCUAUACGGCCAACCUCCAGACACGUCUGGACACGAAGCUACCCGCAUACAUCGCUGCGGCUGUGCUCCCUGCUGGUCUCCCAGCCUCCUCGCUACCCGCUUUCAUAGGAGCCCUCUCCACUCACGACGCAACAGCACUUUCCAACAUUCCUGGUGUCACGCCUUCCAUCAUCGAACUGGGAAAUGCCGCCCUUAAACAAGCCUUCACGGACUCGAUCAGGGUUGUUUAUAUUGUUGCUGCCGUCGUUGGCGCUGUCGCUUGCAUUGGAUGCCUCUUUAUGGGAAAUCUCCGGAAGACAAUGGGCUAUCGAGUGGAUGCACCACUUGAAGAGCUCCAGGUCAAAAGAGCUCGGCAUCGCAGUGAAUGA